UACAAACAUCCAACGGAACUAUCUGGUGUGAGUUUAUUCAUAAGUAGGUCGCUGUUUGGAAUCGUACAAACAUCCUUUCAUGAACCCCGGUGACAUGAAAGGAAACUCAUCUUAUUCCAUUCACACCAAAACUAUAUAUUAAUAAUCAUGUCAACCUUCUAUAUAUUACAAUUAGACUUCUAACUAUCCAAAGUUCCAACUAUGAACACGAUGGAUGUUCACCAAGACACACUGACGUACAUGAAUGAUUUUGAGCUGUACGACUUCGUUGCUGAUCCAAAUUUUGAUCAGUUCAUCAAUUUGUUCCGAGGAGAGAAUGAAGAUGCUAACUGUGAUCACUUCGGUUCUGACCUUAUCAAUGAUUGUUUUGCUAACAAUCAGCAGCAGCUACUUUCAUGUCCAGCAAACCCUUUUGAUCAGAACAAUAAUAAUAAUGCUGUGAAUGUCUAUGAUCCAAGCUCCACAUUUAGCUCCUUCUCUUACUAUGAUAGGGAGCUCAAGGGGGAAGGAGGAGAAGAACUUGAUGAAGAACAUUCUUCUGGGACGAUGACAACGACAACUAACAAUGCUGUUGGCAAACCAAAAGUAAAAACUGAUAUGUCCAAGACUCUCAUUUCUGAGAGGAGAAGGAGAGGCCGAAUGAAGGAGAAGCUUUAUGCAUUGCGUUCUUUGGUUCCCAACAUAACUAAGAUGGAUAAGGCUUCUAUAAUUGGAGACGCAGCAUCAUAUGUGCAUGACCUUCAAGCUCGAGCUAGGAAGCUGAAGGCUGAGGUUGCAGGACUUGAAGCAUCUUUAUUAGUGUCUGAAAAUUAUCAAGGAUCAAUUAACUACCCCAAAAAUGUGCAAGUGGCCCGUAAUAUUAGUCAUCCAAUCUGCAAGAAGAUCAUGCAGAUGGAAAUGUUUCAAGUGGAGGAAAGAGGGUACUAUGCAAAAAUAAUGUGCAAUAAAGUACAAGGGUUGGCUGCUUCACUGUACAGGGCUCUUGAGUCUCUUGCAGGUUUUAAUGUUCAGAACUCAAACUUGGCUACAGUUGAUGACAGUUUUCUACUUACAUUUACAUUGAAUGUAAAAGGAACUGAACCAGAAAUUAACCUGCCAAAUUUGAAGCUAUGGGUGACUGCUGCUCUUCUGAACCAAGGCUUUGAAUUCGUGGCAUCUUUUCCUGCUUGACUAUGAGUAUGACGUAGAAGUUGCAUUUUAGAGAUUAUGAUGAGGCAUGAAAUACGUAUAAUAUGCACGCCAACAUCUUGAGCUAGUAUGAUAUCACUUAGUAUAACCACAACCCCGUUGCUACCUUCGUUUUGUGUAAUUCUCCAAUUUUCAGAACAAAUAAUAACAUUACAAAGACUAGCAAAACCCCACAAAGACACAUGUUCAUAAUAAGUUUUACCUUUAAAUUAUUUCGUGCUGGCAACAAA